AUGAAAGGCUUAGAACAGGGAAAUUGGAGAAACCUCUUUAUAAGUGGCAAUGCUGAUAAGGAUUGCUUCCGUUUAGAUACUCAGCUAGCUACAGCUCAUGAAGAGACUGCAUUAGAGGGAGAAACAGAGGAACCGGCGAAUGUCGAACACCAUUUUAUUUGUUACGUCGAAAAGGAUGGCGAACUAUAUGAAAUUGAUUCUUGUGCACCGUUUCCUCGCUCACUUGGUCAAACCUCUGGAGGAUCGCUAUUGAGUGCUGCUGGAAAGCAUGUGAAAAAACUAAUGGAAGACAUUGGAGAUGCCUCAUUUUCAGCUAUGGCAUUAGUAAAAACUGCCUGA